GAAGGGACCUGCAGCGCAUUCUUUCCGUGCCGGCGGCUGUCCCCGCCGCUGGGCGGGUUAGGGCAGAGGAAAUGUUGCAGGAAGAGUCGGACCUGUCUCUCAUCAUUGCCCAAAUAGUCCAGAAACUCAAGGGCUCCAAUCUGUAUUCUCAGCUGGAACGGCAGGCCUGGACCUGCCUUCAGAGACCUGAGAUCAGACUUGAAUCACUCAAAGAAGAUAUUAAGGAAUUCUUUAAAAUAUCAGGUUGGGAGAAGAAACUUCAGAAUGCUGUUUAUAGUGAACUGAAUGUGUACCCUUUGCCCAGUCACCCUUCCGCUCCCCCUGAGCAUCUCAAAGAGCCCUUGGUGUACAUGAGGAAAGCACAGGGAAGUUGGGAAAAAAGAAUCUUGAAGAGUUUAAAUAGUAUGUGUACGGAACUGAGUAUCCCAUUAGCACGAAAGAGACCAGUUGGAGAACAGAAAGAACUUCUUAAUAAGUGGAAUGAAAUGGGAACUGAUGAGCCAGACCUAAGUCUUUUUCGACCUGUUUAUGCACCUAAGGAUUUUCUUGAGGUAUUAAUUAAUCUCCGCAACCCAAAUUAUGAAAAUGGUGAUUCGCUUAGUUUCAGGACUAAUUUGGGUUUAAUCCAAGUUCCUCUGAAAGUAAAGGACAUUCCUGAAUUGAAAGAAUGCUUUAUAGAGCUUGGCUUAAGUACAGGACAGCUGGGUAUUGAUGACUCUACACAAGUGCCUCCUGAACUUUUUGAAAAUGAGCAUGUGCGUAUUGGGCAAAAAGUUCUAGCACAGCAGGAUAGCGCUGCUGCUCAGCAAUACAUCAGACAAGGAAGUCCCACGGCACUGAGGGCUGAGCUCUGGGCGCUCAUUUUGAAUAUCUCCAGUCAGCCUGAGGACAUCCUGUAUUAUGAGCAGCUUAAGACCAAUGUGAUACAGCAUGAUCUUUUGGUGGACAGUCUAAUUUAUAAAGAUGUGAAGCUGACAGCAAGCAAUGAUGAUUACUAUUUUGUAUUUGAAGAUUAUUUAUAUCAGGUAUUACUUUGUUUUUCACGGGAUACGUCUGUCCUGGGACACUUUGCAUACAACAGUGCUUCACCACCGAAAUCAUACAUCAGAGGAAAACUAGGAUUAGAAGAAUAUGCUGUCUUUUAUCCACCCAAUGGUGUAAUCCCUUUUCAUGGAUUUUCCAUGUAUGUUGCACCACUGUGUUUUCUGUAUCACGAACCUUACAAAUUGUAUCAGAUAUUCCGUGAGAUGUAUGUCCGCUUUUUCUUCAGACUCCACUCCAUCUCCUCUCAUCCUUCUGGUAUUGUGUCACUCUGUUUGCUGUUUGAAACUCUUCUUCAAACAUACCUUCCCCAACUCUUUUAUCAUCUGCGAGAAAUCGGAGCUCAACCACUUCGUAUAUCAUUUAAAUGGAUGGUUCGAGCUUUUUCUGGAUACUUAGCUACAGAUCAACUCUUGCUUUUGUGGGAUAGGAUCCUAGGAUACAACUCUCUGGAAAUCCUUGCUGUGCUGGCAGCCGCCGUGUUUGCUUUCCGAGCAGUGAACCUGAUGGAGGUGACAUCACUGGCUGCAGCUGAAGCAGUUCUGGCUGACCUUUCUACUUUAAAAGUUAUGCCUCUUCUUCAAAUUUUUCUGUUUGCUACUGUCACCUGAUCUUCGAGGUCGCUGGCAACAUAUCUAGUUUUUCAUUAGAAACUAAUCAUGAACUAUGCAAACUCUGCAUACAACCAAAAUUAAACUUUGCAUAAAAGCCAAUAAAGAUCAUGUACCCUCCUCAGUUAAAGAUAAGAAGUUUUUCACUUUUGAAACAAUAACCAAAUACUGCGCUUGCAUGCUGAUGACUGUCAAGAGAGAAGCAAUAGACAUCACUUCUGCUGAACUGAGCAUCCUACAUGCACAGAUUCCUAACUUGUACCAGGCAUGUACCAUAUAUGCAAUAAGAACUAAAGCCACUGUAAUAAACUUCAAGAGGUAACAUAGCUUCUUGUCAGUUUGUACACUUCUCCCUAGGUGAUGGUUGGUUUUAUACAUUGUUUCCUGCUUACACCAAUGGGGGGAUGGGCAUGAAGAAGCUUGAAAAUAAUAAUGCAUUUGAGUGGAAUUCAAAAUGAUAUUUUGAUCAACUUUUAAUUUAUGAUGGACUUUCAGAUCCCUCCCAUUUUAUUUCUCCACUAAACAUCUCUAUUGGAAAAAGGUAUAGAGAUCAUCCAAUAAUUUGUUUUGGUUUUGUUUUUUGAGGCAGUCUUAUAUAGCCCAGGCUCUCCCCAAACUCAGUGUGUAGCAGAGCAUAACUGAAUUCCAGAUUCUCUUGCCUCCGUCUGCCACGUGCUGGGAUUACAGGUGUCUUUCAGCGCACCUGCCUCCAUCUGCUGAUGUCUUCCUCGUGACUCUGGAAGUCAGAAACGUGUAGAGCGAUCCCUUUGCACUCCCCAACCUGACGUCUUUCACACAGAAGCCUUGACAGUGCUGACACUUGCUGCCAGAUUCUGUUUCCUUGGAAGUGCACAAGGAGGAGGAGUCAAAACCAAAUCCGCUCUGCUGAAGCCCGGGCUUCCAGAUUGACUUUUAGAGCACAACAGUGCAGAUACACAAGUAGUCAAUCUAGAACGGAAGGUUUAUUCAAGGCACUGGGUCUUAUUUUCCUGUGUAUAUGAGCAAAGGGUUCUGUUUUGUUUUAUAUUUCUUUAACAAUGUCAUUUCAGUAUAUGGAGUAAUAGAAUGUGAAGAAAAAACAGGUCUUCUGAUUUUAGAAGAAAAUUUAAGAUGCUGCUUACGCUAAUAAAACUCAAAUAAAUCAAUAGAUUGAUACUUCUCUCAUCUGAACUUUUAUUAAUUUUCAUCCAAAUGUAUCUUAUAAAUCUGUUAUUUUCACAUCAUAUAUUAGGAAAACUAUGAAAUUCUACAUAGUACUUCAAAUGUGGUGAAAUUAGGUAUGAAUAGUUUACUGAACGUCUAAAUUCUCUUAUUCAUCAGGAAGUUGCUGAAGACUGAACAAGUUCUUCUGUGAUUGAUUCUCAACAAACUUUAAUAAUCUUCCUGUCUUGGUGACGUCAUACGCCAUGUUGUCGUGCGUGUCCAGGCACACCUCCAAGGAGGGGGCGAGCAUGACUCCAGGGCUGGGGUCCUCUCCCUUUGCCACAGUGGUAACCGUAGUAGGAAGCCGUUGUGUUGGAGAUGAUUAGUAGCAGAUGUACAGAGAUAAGCCCCUCUUUAAACUUUUUAUAGCAAAGUAUAGAUUUACUAGUUGUGGUUGUCUGACACUCUAGACUGGAGAAGUCCUCUCUUAUCUGCGUGUUCCUAAGUAAGUAGAUCUCGGUUAUUGGCAAGUGAGGGGGAUGCAGACAGAUGGUAACGCAUUAUUGUUUCUGCUGUUUACCUUGCAAGAUUGUAGAGGACCACAUGAUAAAAUAUAUGUGAAAGUGAUUUUUAAACAGUAAGCCACCAGUCAAAUAUGGUAGUAUUAAUUUUUAUGUUACAAUUUAAGGUCAACAGCUAGAAGGUAGCUAGAAGAAUGGCCAGCUCCAUUAACAUGUGUUGUGUUUCUUGAAAGCUUGAGAAUAUGUCGACUGAGAAAUAAAUCAUUACCUGAUAGGUGCUUUCUUUCAGUGCAGUUUACUUUAGCCAGUAGCUUUGAAUUUCAGUCCCAGACCCAACCUGGUAGGCAGCUUCACACUUUGCCACUACACAAACCCCUGCUGUGCUGCUCUUAGCUGCUGGCUAAGCACUACAGAGAGAGCCAUCGGGCAGCCCUGCCCAUUCCGUCCCUAACUGCUUCUUCACCCUGCCCCACUUGGCUUCCUUCACUGGCAUUCUCCUGUGCCAUCUUUGAUCAGCCAUUGACACCCCCUUCCUUCUGCUCUGCCUGUGACCACGUGAGUCUGGUAAAUGAGUGGGGAGGUGCUAGCGGCCAUGAGCACAGAGUAAAGCAGCCACAAAGGCGUGUGUGUUUGUGUGUGUAAUGAACGCUGUCCAUUAGCGCGCACCAUGACUUUGUGUAUGGAACAGUCUGUCUGACCAUCUUUGCAUCAGGACGUUUUGCUACUGCAGUUUCCUGGCUAACUAAAAUGUCCAGUUUGACUUAACAAUCCAGUGCUUCUUGCUCAGCCCAGACCCUCCCCUCCCAUUCCACGGGGAGAAGAGAGACAAAUAAGCUUGCACAUUCUCCACCAUCUCAUCCAAACCUCACCUUGAUCCCCAUACUUAAUUUCUUCCUUCUUGUCUCAAGAAGUCUCUAAUCUAUUUCUAUAGUUCUCGAAAUGCUGGGCACUUUGAGUUAUUUCUGUGCUUACAAAGUUUGACUCCUUGUUGCUUAAAGGAUGAAGUCCCUGCUCAUUAGCAAAGCGGGGCUAAUUCCUCGUAGCCUGGCCUUUCCAUUUCCUUGUCCCAUGGUGAUCCAUCCCCAGGCCCCUCUUCUCAGCAAAUGUAAUGAUAUUCAGCCAGUUCUGGAUGUUUGUUUUAUCUUUGUGAUAUCUUUUAUCUAUAUAUUCAAGGUCAAUAUACCCACUCAAAAAAGGCUGUUCUAUUACCAAGAUAUGCUGGAUCCUGUACAUUAAAAUUAUUUCUGUGUCUCUGUUCAUCCAUUAAUAUGCUACUUGUAAUAGUGGAUAUUCUUAAAGUAACUGUCAUUGACUUCCUAGCUGUCCAGUCACAAGAAGAGAUUGUCUGCAUGUGCUUGUAUUUCCUGAGUUAUUCCAAAAUGUGGGGGAUAGAUUUUCUUAAACACAAAUAUCUAGUCUCACUUCUUCUGCAAAGGCCCUGAGCUCUACUGCAGCUUUCCUCUUCCCUGUGUGCUUCAGGUGACACUGACUCCUAACCCCCAAGCUCUCUGGGUUGGCCAAGCAGUUCCAUGUGCCAUCCCACUGGCCACGGAAUGGCUUUGGUCUGUGACCAGUGAAAGUCGAUGACACUUGGUUAGAAGACUCUGGUUUAACCUUUCAGGGAAACUAAAUAUGAGAAAGAUUAUGAUCCAGACCCUGUGUCCUAUGAAUGGAGAGACAGAAAAGAUCCCCAGGACACACCCCAAUAGGCUUCCACUGGACUCUUUUGCACAUAAGCCAAAGGAUUUUUUUUUUCGAACAGAAAGGAUUCUAACUUCUGUGGUUAUUUUCUUUGAGGUUUGAGAUUCAUAAGGUGUAGAAGCUCAGUCCACACACUCUUCAAACCAGUAUAGGACGUCCAAACUCCCUUCAGUCAAGGCAAAACUGUGGCCUUACUAGGAUAAAGCCUACGUGCCAUUCCUACCUGAUACACUUAACAAGGGUCUUUGACCUUUGGCUCUUUGUCAUAUAAGGCCCUCACUUAGAACGCUUUCUCUUCUCUCUUCACCCAACUAUAACUUGUACCUCUGAACCUAACUCAGGUGAUGUAUCAUCACGAACACUGCGCCUCAUACCCAGUCAGCCCAAGUCAUGCCACGUCCUAGCUUGUCUGUCUUUUCUGCUAUAUGGUAACUACUUGAGGGCAGACAUGGUCUCAUUUUAGCUUUACAUCUCUAGAGCUGAGCAUAGUCCUUCCUUGUUAUAGGCUUCCUAAAUGUUCAUGAGUGAAUGAGAGGCGAUCUGGCUCAGGACUCAUUUUACUCAUGGCAGUGAACAUUGUUCAGAGUGACAGGCUGUAAAUCCUCAUGUAGCCAUUUUACCUUUAGUUUUCUAAAGAGGAAGUUUCAACAGGAAUAAUAUAUUUACAGGAGAAAAAUUAAUGCUUCAAUUUUUCAUUUAAGUGAAUAUGUAUGCAGUCCAUUUAAGGGAACAGUUCUGUACAAGUGUAUGUACCUAUGUCACCAUUUUGACAGUUGUGGUAGAAUGUUCCCAUGACUCAAGACAGUUCCCUUUGUGCCCUUCCUUUCAGUCCCUUGCACACUCAUUCCAGAAAGUUACAGAGCUGUGGCUAGCCCUAAAGAUUAUGCUUUCUUCUCUAGAGGUCCCACACCUAUGUUCCUUUGUGUCUGGCUUGCUCUACUUGGCAUAAUGUGCUAAGAUUCAUGUUGUGGGACUGACCAUUCAGUGUCAGUUAUGGCUGAAUAUACAUCAUCCUGUAGUCAUGCGUCUCCCUUUCCCUGAGGCAAAUGCCUAGCAGUAUAACUUACAGGCCACAUACGAGCACUUGCUCACCUUUCGAAGAAUUCCCCAGGUUCUUCUGUGCAGUAAUUCCACCAUUUGUAUUUCCACCAACACACGAGUUGCAGUGGCUCCAAGUCUUGGGUAUCAUUGUGUUAGUUAAACUAGUAGGUAGCCGUGUCUUUCCUGUUACUCCCUCAUAGGUAACAGCAGCAUCUUAUUAUUAUGCUUGCUUGCCAUUUGCACAUAACAUAACACUUUAGGAUCAAAUCUUUUGUUCAUUUAAAACCAGUUACCUUCAUAUUACAUUGUAAGACUUCUCUGUUGUGAAUGUAGCUUAGAAAUCCAAUUCCGUGGGCUAGCCCUUAUUUUAAAAAAACAAAAAACAAAAACAAACGAACAAAAAAACUAUUUCUUUAUUCUUUUACAUUUUUAUUUAAAAAUUUUCCCUCACUCAUAUUUACAUAUAAAUGAUUAUUUCCCCAUACAGAGCACUAAUUAUCUUUUCAAGAGUAAAAGCUUUCAUUUUGUUGAUAUCAAAUUUAGCUGUGUUUUUUUCUUUUUCAGAGUUGUGUGCGUGUGUACUAUCUAUAAAAUCUUUGUGUAACUCAAAGUUGCAUAUACUUUCUCCAUGUUUUCUUCUAUAAACUUUAUAAAUUUCUCUCAUUCAUUCAUGAAUUUUUAAAGUUCCUUAGUGUAUGUGGCAAGUUAAGGGCUGAGGUUCAUAUUUUAACCCUUGAAACCUACCAUUUGCUAAGCCAACCACCCUUGCCCUUCCACCUCAGUACUUCUGUAAACUCAGGAGGCCCUAGCUGGUGUCUGGACUUGAUUUUACUUCCUGUGGAUUUGUGUCCGUGCUUACUGUAACGGCAUAGCAUCUUAAUAUUUGUGGAUUUAUAACAAGUCUUGGGAUUGACAGUAUAACCACUGCUUAUGUCAAAACUAUUUAAGCAAUUAUUAAUUUUCUAAAUAAGUUCUAGAAUCAGCAUUUCAGUUUUCCAAAAAAGAGUUUGUUAGGGUUAUUUUUUAAGUACCAUUAACUCUCUAAAUAGGUUUGGAAACAAUUGAUAUCAUGAGUUGUUCAGUCCAUGAUCAUAGUAUAUCUUUUCAUUUAUUUAGGUCUUUUACAUUUUCUCUUAGUAAUAUAUUGUUGUUUUAAGUGAGCAGUUCUUGCACAUAUUUUGU